AGUUUCAUUUUCUGAAAUUUUCAAGUACACACAUGUUUCUAAUCAGUAUAACUACAACACAUGAGCUUUCCAACAGGACAUGGUGGUCCUCCAGAUUAAUGGGUACUGCCACUACGUGAUACUGUGGUAGUAUUGGGUACAGGACAGUGAACAGUGCCAGUAGUGGGGGACAGCAGGCAGUGUGUGCGUGUGUGAGCCAGACUAUUAAAAGGCAGUUUUAAUUUAUCAGUUGCUUAGCAGCCGCUAUUAAACCAUGGCGUAUGUAAUUGACAACCCAGGUGACUAUCUACUCGAACACAACCUUGCUGAAGAGAAAUUACAAAUAGUGGAUAUUGAGGAGGUACCUGUGGAUUCUCAGGAUGUAUGGAACAAGGUCACUAGGUCGUGUGUACCAGAUGACCAUUUUGAAAACCAUUAUCUACGCUUCCGCUACACCUACGCAGAACGCCCAAAUGGACUGUUGAUGAUCCAGCAAGAUGGCCAAGUGAGUGUCAAUGGUGGAUUGUGCCAGGAGGAUACUCUCUUCAAGGUGAUGCAAAACUUCAGCGAAAACUCCUACCAGAUCAUAGCUAUCCAUGGCAAAAACCAGAACAAAAUCCUCUACAUGGAUGGCUUAAAUCUCAAAACCAGGGAGUUCAAGCAUGGAUUUGAUGACAACAGACCUGACACACAGUUUGACUUUGACGUAAAGGGAGAUAACUCAUGGAAAAUUAAAUCAAAAGAAACCGGUCAUGUUCUCCAGUUUGACACAGAAACAGGCCUCUACCUGCCGCCUGGUGACCAAGUUGACAGCCCUCCUCUCUUCUGUAACCCAGACAUUGGCCCACGAUUCACAGCCUUCAUACCAACACAGAUGAAAGUCACAACUGUGUGAAGUCAGUGGCAAUACAUCUUGUGUAUCAUUAUAUAUCACCAAUCUGUGAACCUUGUGUAUCAUUAUAUAUCACCCAUCUGUGAACCUUGUGUA